AAAGUGUUCAAUUUUUCACAAGAUUAUAAUGCAGAUGCUUCUGACGCAGAUUACGACGUCCCUUUGAAUGAAUUACCAUUGUUCUUAUUUAUUUGUUCUGCUGGACUUUUAUAAACUGACAGAUAAAUUAACAAAACAGUUUUUCACACUAAAGUAGAUUUUUCUACAGAAACUACAAUUUGUUAAAAAAUACUCGUUGAAGCUCAUCUUUUUGUUUUGGUCGAGAAAAAUGACAUAUACUGAAGUUUUGACACUGGUUUUUGUUACUUUGGUUUCUGUGUGUCGAAAUUUUGAGACCAAUGCAAAUGGUACAAAUGGCGUGAAAGAGGAAUCAAUGAUUGUAGAAAAACUCAAAAAUUCACUUCCCAAAUACUCGCCUCCUCAAGACAUGCGUGAUAAUACAGUUCAUAUCUAUGUCGACCUGUAUCAAAUAUCCGACGUCGACGAACGCGAAGGAGUGAUGACAGCCAAGUUGUGGUUAUAUUACUACUACUACUCAGAAUCGGCUAUGUGGAAUUUUUCGGACUACGGCAACAUUUCCGAAAUCCAUGUUCCAGCGAAUACGUUUUGGUCGGCGGAUAUCAUUGCACUGGAUGCAAAAGACGUUAUCCACGAAGCCUACCACCGACAAUUCGUCAAUGGAAUGACCGGUCUGGUUGCCUACUACUCUUCUCUCGCCACCAUCAAGUUCUCCUGCUCCUUCGACGUCGCCAGCUUUCCAUUCGAUCACCAGACAUGUAACCUUGCGUUUGGACCGUGGACCAGUGAUCACAAUGUCUACACGUUUGGACCUGAUGAGGCUUUCCUUAGAGAAACUGCCGACUUGCAGUAUUACAAAGAGCACGACGAGUGGCUGUUGGAUCGACCUCUCCCGCUGCUCUUCACUAAAAGGGGCUUCAGGGGAUUCAUGUUCUUCGAUCAAAUGGUGAUGGAGAUCAACCUGACCAGACGACAUCUCUUCUAUGCUGUCAUCUUCAUGCUGCCGAACGUCCUCCUCUACGCCCUCUCGGCUCUCGUGUUCCUCGUGCCAGUGGAGUCGGGCGAGAAGAUUUCCUUCUCGAUUACAAUUCUGCUGGCGUUCGUUGUGUCAUUCGGAACUAUCUCGGAGCUUCUGCCUGCUAGCUCUCUGAACUUCCCAAUCAUUGCCUAUUUUCUCGGUGCGGCUGUGGCUCAGAUGGCUUUGGACACUAUUUUGGCCACUGUUGUUAUCAAUAUCCACUACUUGGGAGGUCGAUCCAAAAUGGGCAACAAACUGCGUCGCAUCAUCACCAGCAAAGCAACACUUGUCCUUGGCCUGCGACCCUGCCCAUUGGAAAAAGCAUUUCCUGGAAAGAAAGCGCGCGAAGAAAAGGAAAAUAUGAAAAAAAGCUUGGUUGGCAAAGCUGUCGAGAACAACAAACAUGAGCUGUCUAAAUGGUCUUCGCUUGGAGCUAAAGUUCAGGAGGGUUCAAACAAUAAAGUAGCCCCAACAGGAGCUCAAAGAAGUUUGAAGGACUUGGUUCCGGAUACCAGCGAUUUGAUGCAAGCAGUCGAUGACAUGAUGACACUGGACAGCGAGUCAAAUAUGGAGUUUCUAUGGCAAUAUAUGGCCACAAUCAUGGACCGAGUGUUCUUGUACAUCCAUAUCUUUAUAUCAUUUUUAGUUGUGAUCAUUUUCAUGACAGCACUUUGAAAUGAAACAUUUGAAUCAACACAAGCACAAUAACCAGUUGUUUGACAUUUCAAUCGACAUUAAAUUAUCA